AAGGAGCCAGUACGCAACCAGCCAGCCCAGCUUAGGCUUAGCUGACGCUCCGCCCAGCUGGUGUCUCGCCGAGGCCAGGGGACAACCUGCGGCCCCGCCAGUCCGCGCCGGGUACUGCGUCUCCUGCAUCUCCGCACGGGCAGCGCGCCCUGAGAGCCAUGGCUGUCAGGAAAGCACUGAUCGUCCUGGCCCAUGCCGAGAGGACGUCCUUCAACUAUGCCAUGAAGGAGGCCGCCGUGGAGGCCUUGAAGAGGACAGGCUGGGGGGUGGCCGAGUCGGACCUGUACGCCAUGAACUUCAACCCCGUCCUUUCCAGGAAGGACAUCACAGGCAAGCUGAAGGACCCCGAGAACUUCCAGUACCCUGCCGAGUCCACUCUGGCUUACAAGGAAGGCCGGCUGAGCCCGGACAUCGUGGCCGAGCAGAAGAAGCUGGAGGCCGCAGACCUGGUGAUAUUUCAGUUCCCGCUGCAGUGGUUUGGAGUCCCUGCCAUUCUGAAGGGCUGGUACGAGCGAGUGCUCAUCGGGGAGUUCGCCUACACGUACGCCUCCAUGUAUGACAAGGGGCCCUUCCGGAAGAAGAAGGCUCUGCUUUCCAUCACCAUGGGAGGCAGCGGCUCCAUGUACUCUCUCCAGGGUAUCCACGGGGACAUGAAUAUCAUUCUCUGGCCAAUUCAGAGUGGCAUUCUGCACUUCUGUGGAUUCCAAGUCCUGGAACCUCAGCUCACAUACAGCAUCGGGCACACUCCAGAGGACGCCCGGAUCCAGAUCCUGCAGCGAUGGAAGGAGCGCCUGGAGAGUAUUUGGGAUGAGACUCCUCUGUAUUUUCCUCCAAGCAGCCUUUUUGACCUAAACGUCCAGGCAGGGUUCUUAAUGAAAAAAGAGGUGCAAGAUGAGCAGAAAAACAAGGCAGUUGGCCUCUCUGUGGGCCAUCACUUGGGCAAAUCCAUCCCAACUGACAACCAGAUCAAAGCCAGAAAAUAAGAUCUCUAAGAUUUGAUCAGGCCUCCCUACUUGCUUCAGUGCUUCUGAUUGGGGUUUUCUUAUCCCAUGAGAAAUGAGUAGCAGGGGCUGGUGCUGGCACAGCAGGUUAAAGCUCUGGCCUGAAGUGCCAGCAUCCCAUGUGGACACUGGUGUGAGUCCCGGCUGCUCCACUUCAGUUCCAGCCCUCUGCUAUGGCCUGGGAAAGCAGUGGAUGACGACCCAAGUGCUUGGGCCCUUGCACCUACGUGGGGGGCCCAGAGGAAGCUCCUGGCUCCUGGCUUCGGAUUGGCUUAGCUCCGGCCUCUGCAACCAUUUGGGGAGUGAACCAGUAGAGGGAGACCUCUCUCUCUACCUCUCUAUGUAACUGUCUUUCAAAUAAAUAAAUCUUU